AUGGAACCAGUUCCUGAGACAGAGCGUAUGGAGGAGUUCCGUCCAGCUCCCACCCCUGCUCCUGUUUCCGCUUCCACCUCUGUUUCUGCGUCACCCGCCGCUUCGCCAGUCGUGCCAUCGCUGCGACUGCAAAACCCCAACGCCAUCUCUAACCUCAGCAUCGACCUGCCCCGAAAGCCACCAAACCUGAGACGGAGUACCGACCCAAGCCCGACUUCGCCUGCUUCACCAUCUUGGUCUUCCUCGCCAUUCAUUCCCUAUCGACCACGCACCACUUCUCCCCUGUCGGGAGCUCACACCAGGUCUCGUUCUACAACGAGUCUCGCGCCCCCAAUGUCCCGCACUCAAUCCAUGCCAGGUGUCAACGGCUCAGGCCAUAUUCUGUUCUUGUCCCAGCACCGACCUGGAAGCCCGUCUGCGUCACCCAGUAGAGUGCGAAUUCCACGAAAGCCUGCUGAUGAGUCUUUCCCACCUAUUUCGCCAGUACGAACUUCAGUUAUUGAACCCGAGCAGAGGCAUGAGAGACGAAGCACUUCUCCCAUUAUGGGCAUUUCCACAAGCACUCCCGCGCGACUUCGACGACCAUCUUCCCCUCUGCGGUCCUUCACAUCUUCGAGCACUGGCUCCCUAGGAACCUUCCCCUCGACUCCUUCAUCUUCAAUCUCAUCCUCAUCCUCAUCCUCUUAUCGAAGCUACGACGCUCUUUCAGGAAGCUACGGGACCACCUACUCCUCGGUUCCAUCCACACCAACAUCAACCAGAUCCCGAAGUCCCAGCAUCUCCAGUUUGGAGACUAUUCCCGACACGCCUGACGCCGAAGAAGCUGCGCUGGAAGCUGAAAGAAUUGCCCAGCUCAAGGCGGAUGCAGAUGCUGCUGAAGGAAAUGACUCCUCAGACCUGAAAGGGAAAGAUGGCCAGAUGCGAGGACGCACAAUGGGGUUCGGCUCUAGAGAUAAGCGAAAGCGCUGGAGUGUGUGCGGUGCCGAGCGUCGAGGAGACAUUGAUCUCGAGACCAUCUGGGAGGAUUGA